AUGGAACAGCAGUACGAAGAGAGUGAUCCCAAAGUGCUGCUUCUCACAAGGCCAGCGGACUUAAAGACAGAUGGUGGACUUCCAAGGGAUAAAAAGAUUGGACCUAAGCGGGAAGCGAGUGGGCCCAGAGGACCGCUUUGGCCUCGAUUCCUUGCAGACUGGGGCGCUGCUUCUCAGAGCCAGGAGGGAUCGGGGUUCAGCUCUCCUUUCCUGUCCCUGGAUGCAAAUACCCUCACCUAUGCCAUCUUCCAGUCUCCUAGAUACCAGCAGCAGAUGGGAGCUGGAGCCCAGCACCUCAACCCAACCAGGUGCCUCCCUCGCAUACCGCAUCGCCCCUUCCCCGCAGGAACCCCAACCCCUGCCCCUCGACGGCACGGGGCCGCGGGCCCCCCGGGCUCCCUCCUCCCGGCCGUGGCUUUGUGGCGAGGCUCGGGCGGCUCCUCCCCGCCGCCGAGGCGAGUACCGGGUACCCUCCCGCGCACCUCCCGACUUCGCCGGGCCACGCCGCUUGUGGAGGCUCCGCUCGGCGGCCAGGUAAACCUCCGGCCGCACCACCACAGCCGGGGGGACCGAGGGGAGAGGAGCUCCGGGCGGGCCCCUCCGUGCCGGCGGGCCCCCGGGUCGGGCCGCCCCGCGGAGGGAGCGGGGCAGGGGAGCGGGGACGGCGGGCUGGGGCUGGGCGAGCGGCGGUGCCGGCCGUGUGGGGCGGGCGCGGUGCCGGCUCCCCCCGGUCGGGGCGGCGGUUGGUUUCUCCUGGCAGCGGAGGCAGGGCCAGGCGCGGCGAGGGUGGGCGCGGAGUUGGCGGCGGGGCUGGGGGAGGCGGCGGCGGAGUUGGCUCCGGACGUGGUGGCAGGAGGUCCGCGGAGCGGAGUCGGCUUCGCCUCGCCUCUCCUUGCCGGCCGGAGCCGAAUGCGCCCGGAGGGGAAGGUCCCGUCGCGGGCCGGGCCGCCGCCGCCCGCCGGUGCCGGAGCCGGAGCGAUGUCGGGGCGCGAAGCCGAGCGCGGCGGGGCGCUGUGCCUGGGGCUGCUGCUGCACGUCCUGUUGGGCUGCGGCUCGGCGCAGCAGCCCGGCGGCUGCCCGGCCGGCUGCGAGUGCUCGGAGGCGGCCAAGACGGUGAAGUGCGUGAACGGCAACCUGACGGAGGUGCCGUCCGACCUGCCGCCCUACGUGCGCAACCUCUUCAUCACCGGCAACCCGCUGCGCCGCCUGCCCGCCGGCGCUUUCGCCGCCCAGCGCCUGGCCGAGCUGGGCGCCCUCAACCUCAGCGGCAACCACCUGCGGGUCGUGGAGGCCGGCGCCCUCUCGGCCCUGCCCGCCCUGCGGCAGCUGGACCUCAGCGGCAACCCGCUGGCGUCCCUCAGCCCGCAGGCCUUCGGCGAGGGCGGCAGCCCGCUGGAGGAGCUGGCCCUCCGCGGGGCUCUGCACGACCAGGGCGCGCUGCUGGGGCUGGCCGCCCUGCUGCAGGCCGGGGCCCUGCGCAACCUCAGCCGCCUGGAGCUGGCCGACAACGGGCUGCUGCUGCUGCCCGCCGGCAUGUUCGGCGCGCUGCCCGCCCUGCGGCACCUGGACCUCAGCAACAACUCGCUGGUGGGGCUGCGGAACGUCUCCUUCCAGGGGCUGGGCCAGCUGCAGAGCCUCAACCUCAGCGACAACUCGCUGGGCGUGCUGAGGAACGGCACCCUGGCCCAGUGGCGCGGGCUGCCCACCCUGCGGCGCAUCGGCUUCGGCCGCAACGCCUGGGUCUGCGACUGCGCCAUUGAGGACCUGGUGGCCUGGCUCAAGGAGAGCGACCAGGUAGAGGGCAAGGAGGCCCUGACCUGCGCCCACCCAGAGAAGAUGCAGGGCAAAGCCCUGCUGAAGAUCAACGCCUCUGACCUGAACUGUUCCAUGCCCGUAGACCUGCCUUCCCAGCUACAGACUUCCUACGUCUUCUUAGGGAUAGUCUUGGCUCUCAUCGGGGCCAUCUUUCUCCUGGUUUUGUACUUGAACCGAAAAGGAAUCAAAAAGUGGAUGCACAACAUCCGAGACGCCUGUAGGGAUCACAUGGAGGGAUAUCACUACAGAUACGAGAUCAAUGCUGACCCCAGGUUAACAAACCUCAGCUCCAACUCGGAUGUCUGACAGAGCGCCGCGGAAGCAGGGCAGCGCACAGUAGCUAUGCAUGAAACGUAGACUGAUGCUUUACCCUUGUGCUUGCUUCCCUCUCCCCAGAGAAUUCUCAGACGUGCUUGCAACAUGAGGGGGAUAUGCCUCCAUGUGAUGUUCAUUACCCUUCUCUCUUCGUUCUGAGAUGCUGGGGAGCUGCGCAUGGUGUUGGGCUGUAUGUAAGAAACACGCUGCUACUUCUCUUCCUCCUUACCUGUUUUCGUUGGUACUCAUGGGAAGCUUUUUCCAAGAUCUCAAACGAAAAAAAGGAUUCUCUCUGUGACGCUCCAAAGCCACCAGAGUUUAUAUUAUAUAUACAUAUAUAUAUAUAUACAUACACACACAGAUACAACAUUCAACAAAAGCUGCCUCAACUUUUUGGGAAAAAAGAUUACAAUCUUCUGUGCCAGUUUUGGUCCUGUAUAUCUGAAUUGUGAUGACAAUGAUUCCAUUUCAUAGACUUACACUGAAUCUCAGAAAAACAAAAAACUCCUUUUAACAAGUCCUCUGUAACAACGAAGGAAAUCAAAUAGUGAGCAUGCACAAAUACUUUAUAGUUUUACAUGUU